AUGUCACUUCGCACACUGAUCAAGACUAUGGGCUCAGAAAUCAAGAAAGUACCCAUCCCCCGCCGAGGGGCUGACUAUAGGGGCAAGCUUGUUCUUGCGCCGAUGGUCCGCUCUGGCGAACUUCCUUCCCGCCUCCUGGCCUUGCACUAUGGCGCAGACCUGGUAUGGGGCCCCGAAACCGUCGAUAAAGCCAUGAUCGGCACAACGCGCAGAGUGAACCCCGUUACCAACACAAUCGAUUGGACCAAGAUCCCCUCGUUCGGUCAUAAGAACCCUCCAAAGCACAUGCCCGAGGCCAUGAUCUUUAGCACACAUCCGGAGAAGGAGGCGGGAAAGCUCAUCUUUCAAAUCGGAACGGCAGAUCCGGACUUGGCAGUGCAGGCGGCCAGACUAGUAGCAGGUGAUGUUGCCGGCAUCGACGUCAAUGCAGGCUGCCCAAAGCCGUUCAGCCUCAGCGGUGGGAUGGGCGCGGCUCUUUUGAAGACCCCGGACAAGCUUUGCGCGAUUCUGGAGGCUCUGGUGGCGAACAUUAUGCCAGAAUUCGAGAUUGGCAUUAGCGUCAAGAUCCGCCUCUUGGAUACGCCGGAGCAGACUGAGGCCCUUGUGCGCAAGCUCUGCGCCACGGGCAUCACCGGCCUCACGAUUCACUGCCGAACGACUCCCAUGCGUCCGAGAGAGCGCGCCAUCCGCGAGCAGCUUCGUAUGGUCGCGGAAGUGUGCCAUGAAGCGGGCGUCGCCUGCAUCAUGAACGGUGACGUUGAGAGCCGAGACCAAGCGGUUGACCUGAUCAAAGAGUACGGAGUUGACGGUGCGAUGAUUGCCACUGCUGCUGAGACGAACUCUAGCUGCUUCAGGACAGCAGCAGACGGAGGCUUGGCUCAGUGGGAGGAGGUAGCGGCGGCAUACGUCAAGUACGCGCUGGAAGUCGACAACAAGUACGGCAACACAAAAUAUUUGCUUUGCCAGAUCGUCCCGGGCAAGAGUGCGACAUAUCAGAAGAUGAAUCAGUGCAAAAGUUACACUCAAAUCUGCCGCGCCCUCGGGCUCGACGAACUCAUCGAGCUUGCCCAGCAGACUGACCUGAACAAGGGCGUCGAUCCGGAAAAGGGGCCGGGGAAGGGCGGCAAGAAGCCCAAUUCAACCGCCAUGGCGGCUGGAGGUAUGAUGAGCGAAAGCCGGGCUAUUCAGGGACCUAAAAACAAGUCUCAAAGGGGUGUCAACAUUCCCAAGGCAACGCAGCCAACGCGGCCGUCUCCUGCUGCUUUGCAAACCUGA